GUCGGCCAUGGACGUGCUGGAGAACAUGGAAGGGGGCAACGUGCUGAACCUGUCGAGGAUGGACCUGGACAGCACGGCGGCCCUGGAGGAGAUGGGCGAGGAGAUGGCGGCGGAGGAGACCCGGCAGCUGCUGCUGUCUCACAACCGGCUGUCCGUCCUGCCGGUCGGCGUGGCUCACUUCAGCAAUCUGCUCUUCCUGGACGUCAGCUCCAACCGGUUGGCCUUCCUCUGCGACCAGAUCCUGGCGCUGACCAAACUGAGGACCCUGAUCGCCAAGAACAACCGGCUGGACGAGUCGUCGGUGCCCAAGGACCUGGGCAAGAUGUGCCUGGAGGUGGUCAACUUCAGCGGCAACCGCUUCGAGGAGGUCCCGCCUCAGCUGCUGGAGCUGCGGAGGCUGAGGUCGCUCUCGCUCGGGGGGAACCGACUGAAAGCGAUCCCUCCGGAAAUCGAGAACUUAUUCAGCUUAGAGCUACUGUACCUCGGGGGGAAUGCCAUCACCUCCAUCCCUCCAGAGCUUGCAAGCCUGCCGUACCUUAGCUACCUGGUGCUGUGUGACAACCGAAUCCAGGGAAUUCCGCCACAACUUGCACAGAUGAACUCGCUGCGAUCACUCAGUCUCCAUAACAACUUGCUGAUGUACCUCCCUCGUGAGAUCCUCAACCUGGUCCAUCUGGAGGAACUCAGUCUCCGUGGCAACCCCCUGGUUGUGCGCUUUGUGCGAGACCUGACUUACGACCCUCCGUCGCUGCUCGAGCUGACUGGCCGGAUCGUGAAAUCCCGCAACUUCCACUACACACCGCAGAACCUGCCGGAGAACCUAGUCAGAUACCUGGACUCGGCUAGCAAGUGCCCAAACCCCAAGUGUGCAGGAGUGUACUUCGACUCUUGUGUCCGUCACAUCAAGUUUGUGGACUUCUGUGGCAAGUACCGGCUGCCGCUGAUGCACUACCUGUGCUCCCCGGAGUGCUUCUCCCCCUGCAGUUCCAGCUCCCAGAGCGACUGCGACUCCGAGGAUGAAUUCAACAUCCCACAGCACCGCAUGCAGAAAGUCCUCCUGGGCUAAAGCACCCGCUCAAAGGAGAUGGAACAAGAUCCACUGUGACAGACUUUUGAUCCUUGUAAUUCCUGGGAGCGGAGCUCUUCAGGACCUCCCCAUCAUAUUGUGCCGUGCUAGAGUCUUGCCGACUCUGACCUUUACACUAAUCCACAGCCCACCUCCAUCAGAUUUGUACCUGUUUUUCUGGGGGAGGGGGAAGGAAGGGGGGAGAGGGGGAUUUAUUCGUAAUCAUUAAAACCAUUAGCACCGACUUGCAAAUGAUAUCUGAACUUAAAAGCCCUAUAUUUUUGUGCCGGUCAUUUUUGAAAUGUCCUGACAUUCACUUGGUAUUGGAUUUAUAGAAGGCUAUUUUGUAUAACAAGUACUUUUUUUAAGAAAAAAACGUGUGCAUGUGUAUAAUGGGUGUGAAGCAUUACUUUAAUGUAUAAUAAUUGUCGAGCCGCAAUUUCCCAUCUGGUGUUUUGUAUUCAGUGAGAUCACUUUUCCUUUUGAGGUGUCCUCACUGCAGCAUUUGGAACCUGCUCAUUGGGCAAAGGCAGUGGAAGAUCUGCACUGUUCUGGAGUUGAAGGACCCCAGUGUACUGCAUUGACUGUUUUAAGUGUGUCUCUCUCCCCCCACCACUUCCCUCCCCAGGUAACCAGCCUCUAGGCUUGACAAUGCUGGAAAGUGAAGUGCCUGAGUGCAGAGUGCAGCUUGCUUUCUUGUCUGAGUUCACCAGCCAGGUUCUCGCUUUGAAGGGUGUGACCCUGGCAGGCUAACAAACUGAACCACAUUUUUGUGACUGAAGAGGAAAAGCAAAAAAUAAGAGAUUUAUAAUGAGAGUGCAUUACAAACAAAAGCAUAGAGGCUGAUAUUUCUACAGACAGGUGAAAGGUAUUAAAGUAGCAACCCAGUAGGCCUGGAAUUCGCUUUAGUCGAUGAGAUUAUUUUGCUUUGAGUUUUAAGAUGGCACAGAAUUUUGGAAAAAUCUUAAACUUUCAUUCAGUCUUGAUGGGUUUUCUGCCAUUCUUAAAAAGAGGUGGCAUCCCAAAUUGAGACUGAAAUUAAUCUUUCACAAUUCUGCACUACUUUAAACAUUUAAACAUUAAUGCAUUCAAAAUAGUCUUUAUUAGCCAAUGCUGGGUGGAAUGUCAGGUCCAUCUUGCUUGUAUCUGGCCUCUGAUUGUCAAAUUAACUGCAGAGUCAGACUGUGAAGGGCUUGUUUUCAGUUUAGAUACAGCAGAUUUUUUUAUUCUUAGAUAAUGUCAUUAGUGGUGUGUCUUCAACGGAAGCCAGAUGCACACAUUAUGUGGGAGGCAAAUGCCCAUUAUUUUAGUAGCUCCAGAAUGUUAUUGGUAUCGUUGUAUACAAAAUAACAAAUAUCUACAU